CAGGCAGGCUUACUCCAUGCCUAUCCAAUGAAAUCGCAGUUUGUUUCGUCAUUCCGGAACCGGGAAGUUUGACAGAAGAAUGCAUUAGUGCUUGCUUGUUGUUGCUUCACUGAACAACUACUUAACUAUUUGUAGCUGAAUUUAUGACUUGUUGACGAAGCAGUGUAUUAGCUAGACAGGCUAGCCUGUUACCUUGCACAAACAUGGUUGUCGUCAGCAUGAUGGUUAUGUAUGAGGACGAUUCCGUAGAGGUGCGCUACGGCGAUGGGUCGUGUUUGCAACUCUCUCCGUGUGGUUCUGAGUUCUUGCUGGAGAAAACCGUUCCACCUUCAGCCCACCCACUACUGCCGAGUGAAAAAGUCAGGCAGAGAACACGUUUCGUCACCAGUGCCCACAGAGAGCUAAUAGUGCAGGCUUUGGAGUUCAGAAACAGGUUUGCUGCAAGACCAUACCUCCCCAAAGAGCUCAUCCCAGUGGACUGCAGAAUGCAUUACUUCACUGAUAUUUCGGAGAUCGAGUGGCCUUCUUCAAGCUCCUGCGGAUUGGAGUUUGGGUCGAACGGCGAGGUGAUCGUCUCUUCCGUGGAUGGGAAUGCCAGCCUCCUCCUGUCCUCCUCCGGGGAGGAGUUCUCCGCGGAGUUCCUGUGCCGGACGAGUCAGCCUGAGGUCCCCCGGCCUGUCAGUCAGGACCCUGAGCUCAAGCCCGGGUCACAGCGUGUGGAAGCCCAGGACAGGUCUGCUGCAGGGGUCCUGCGCUCACAGCAGACCACAGGUGGGGCAGCGGGGGGGUCUGGAGCUAAAGAAAAGGGGCAGAAGUCCCCCCUCUCCCUGCCUGGAGAGGAGCACCUCUACACCCGGGUGGUGCAGCUGCAUUCUUGUGCCUGUCCCCCUCCUUUUUGGAGGUACCCCCUGUCUUUAGCACUGGGCCUGUGGGAUGCGCAGCAGGGAGGUCCCGGUGUGCAGGCUGGAGCAGAGGGAGCGGGGGCAGAGCGAAUGGUGGGGGCCACAGCGGGACCGGGGGGGGCAGAGGGAGCUCCAGGUCGGUCAGCAGCAGAGAGCCGGUCCAGGGGGGAGAGGAGCCACCUUCCAGAAGCUCUCCCACUCACAUGUCCCACUCCCCAUCAGCACAGGUGGAACUUCAGGGACUCGACCCAGAGAAGUGAAGAAGACCUGGAGCAAGGCCUGAGGACUGAGCUGGUCAAAGUUCUGUGGCGCCAAGGGAUUGUUUACCGACUCAUCAGUGGGGCAGUGGCCAUCAUGGAGGUCAGCCCAGGCGAUGGCUCGGUCAUCCGGUCCAAUGGAGCCGUAGCAAACUAUUUCACGCAUUACACCGCGAGGCUUGCAUUCGGACAGAAUGAAGAGAAAAGAUACUGUGUGAACAGCCUCCCCCCGGAUGUUCCCGGUCAGGCGUACUCCGUGAGCUCCGUGGUAACCCGUGCCAACAGGAUCCUGAAGUGCUACAACCAGGCCAGAGUUUCUCUGAAGCUCCCCGACACCCACUGCUGCUGGAGACAGGAGAGCAGCUCGGCAGACUCCUCGGUUCUGAUCCGGGAAGCUCGCGUCGCGGGCUCCGGACUCUUCCGGGCCUUUUCUGACGGCCGGGUCCACGUGACCUUCCUGGACGGGGUCACUCUGCAGAUGCUGUGGAGCUUCAACACCAGCACACCUGCGCAGGGGGCAGACGGGACGUUGGCGCCCCCCAGUGGCCUACGGCAGCCGUGCGGCUGGUGCCAGCUCAUCCUCCCCGACGGACACCGUCAGCUCCUGCAGGUGCAGACACCUGGGCCCUACAGCAGGUACGUGUCGGCCGCGGUGCAGUGGAGCCGGUGGGUGGAGGGGGAAGCCGCUCUGACCAACCAGGAAGCCCGCGGUGAAGUCCCGCCCUCUAACCCCGGACUGGGCUGGUCCGUUGUUGCAGAACUGGAGAAGAUCAAAAGGUUUAACUUCUUGUUGGAACACAGCGGGCUCCUGAAGGCUCCGGGGGGUUCCACGGGUUCCCCGGGUUCUAGCUGUGGGUUCCAAGAGGUUACCUCUCAGGGGAACCCCGGAACGGACUCCGCUGUGGUGAACGAGAACAGCAUCGCCGAGGCACUGCAGAGGACCUCUAAAGCCAUCCAGGACAUUGAGACUCUCCUGUCAGUCAGGGAAUCGACCAAUCACAACACCACAUGAGGGUGGUGCUUGGGUGUUGACAGAUAUGAAUACUGAAUAUUUAUUGAACACCUUUCUCUGAAGGCCUAGUUUUACCUCACAGUUCUUUGAUGUCAUCUGUGUGUCUGUUUGAAGCAUAAAUGUAAUUGUAAAGAUUUUGAAAAAUGUCUUAAUAUAUUUCAAAAUAAACCCUGAAAAAGUGAUAAA